AUGACCUCAGAUCUUCACAAUCUCGCCCUACACUCUCCAUACACUGGUGGUGAUGAUGUCUUACUCGGUGAUGGAUCCGCUCAAUCUAUCUCACACACUGAUAAAAACUUAAUCUCUGUCUUUCAACUAUGCUCUACUAAUGGAGUGGCUGUUACUUUCACACCAACUUACUUUCAGGUGCGAGACCUGACUACGGGGGCGCUUCGACUGGAAGGCAAACCUAAAGAUGGCACCUAUGAAUGGCCAAAACACAACAUGAGCAAGCCUCCAUCGCUAGCUUAUGCGUCUGUUGUUAAGACUUCAAUGUCUGAUUGGCAUUCUAGAUUAGGCCACCCUGCUAUCUCUGUUUUACAAAAAAUGAUUUCAAUUGAUGAGUUAGCAGAUGCAGGUCACUUACAAGCUGACACACCAGUGGUCUCUUCUGUGCUCGUAGCUGCUCCAUCAUCAUCCCCUUCACCACCGGAGACUCAAUCUUCCCCUGGAAUUGAAAUCCUGCAUAACCCACAAGCUCCUCUGCCACAACAGGCCCAACCUUCACACCAGGCCCAAUCAUCUCAACAGGCCCCACCAUCUGAUGACCAAUCCACACAACAGGCCCAACAAUGGGAUACAGCCCAUCCGACCCAACAAACACAACCACAACGACCAACUUCUUCUCCGUCGACAUCUCUCAGAUCGACAUGCGAGAAUUCCCAUCAACCAGCAAACCCAAAGCAAACUCAACCUCCGCCUGCUCCGCCGUCACCAACACGCAAGUCCAAUCGCCAAAAGAAACCAGUUCAAAAGCUCAACUUAAGUGCUAUCGUUUAUCAAUCUCAUGAAGUCGUCCCAACAUCGGUUGCUGAAGCGCUUCGAGAUCCUCGAUGGCGAGCUGCUAUGUGUGAGGAAAUAGACAACCACAUCAGAGAACAUACGUGGGAUCUCAUCUCGUCUACUGUUGCUGAGAAUAUUGUGGGUUCCAAAUGGAUCUUCACAAUCAAGAGGCAUGCCAAUGGUGCGAUUUCUAAAUUUAAAGCGAGACUUGUUGCCAAAGGAUUCAAUCAACGCCCCGGCAUCGACUAUCACGAGACAUUCAGCCCCGUCAUCAAACCAUCCACUAUCAGACUCGUCUUAAGUGUCUCGGUGUCCAAAAAUUGGCAGAUUAGACAAUUUGAUGUCAACCAUGCCUUUCUUCAAGGAAAACUCGAUGAUGAAGUCUAUAUGACUCAACCUCCGGGUUUUGUCAAUAAGGAUGAGCCUCAGGCCGUAUGUAAGCUCCGCAAAGCGAUUUACGGUCUCAAACAAACCCCUCAGGCAUGGUACAAUGAGCUCCGCACCUUCCUUCUUCAAUAUGGGUUUGUUAACUCGCUGGCUGAUGCAAGUCUCUUCAUUUACAACAACAAUGGCGUUCUCCUCUACAUGUUGGUUUACGUUGAUGACAUUAUCCUCACAGGAAACAGUCAACCUCACCUUGACAAGUUCAUCACUUCUCUCUCCAAUCGAUUCUCGCUUAAAGAUUUGGGUACUCUCUCUUACUUUCUAGGUAUGGAAGCUCAAUAUCUUCCUGAUGGUCUUCUCCUCACUCAACGUCGAUACAUUGCUGAUUUGCUACACAAGAACAACAUGACUGACUGCAAAUCCGUACCCACACCAAUGUGUCCCAACACGAAGCUCACACUCACCUCCGGUGAUCAACUCAAGGAUCCUUCACAAUACCGAGCUUUGGUUGGCAGCCUCCAAUACCUGUCUCUGACACGCCCCGACGUCUCCUAUGCAGUCAACAAACUAUCCCAAUUCAUGCACAAACCCACUGACAUCCAUUGGAGUGCCGUCAAACGGAUUCUAAGAUAUCUCUCGGGUACUCAAUCACAAGGUAUAUUCUACUCCAAAACCAAUGCUCCAUCACUUCAUGCCUACACAGAUGCGGAUUGGGGUGGCGACAAAUAUGAUUACAUAUCUACUGGGGCUUACAUUGUUUACUACGGCAAACAUCCCAUUGCAUGGUCAUCCAAGAAGCAAAAAGGCGUAUCUCGUUCCUCCACAGAAGCAGAGUACCGAGCAGUCACGGAAGCAGUCUCUGAAGUUAUCUGGAUCAAGUCUCUUCUCACUGAAAUGGGCAUCACACCAUCACCAACGCCACCUGUCUACUGUGACAACAUUGGUGCCACCUACCUCGCAGCAAAUCCCGUCUUUCACUCUAGAAUGAAACAUCUAGCUCUUGACUACCACUUUGUGAGAAAUCUGGUACAGUCAAGACAGGUCCAAGUGGCUCAUGUCACCUCUGCUGAUCAGUUAGCUGACACUCUCAUCAAGCCUUUGCCUCGAUCACGGUUUCAACAACUUGCGGUCAAGAUCGGACUCACCACCGGUACUCCGUCUUGA